GGGAUCUGCAGUGUUACAUUGUAUCAUACUAUAUCAAAAUGGCUACAGUGGUUCAAAACCCCUUGAAAUCCAUCUAUGUGCUGGACUGGGAAAGCCCAGCAGUGCCGGUGAAGGGGGUGGGGGACAUUUGCAAGAACUAGAGCAGACAGAAAGGUCAGAAGGCAAGCCAGCGGAACAGUCAUGAAGAACAGCCUAGGAGAGGAGUUCUACCGCGAAGCCAUCGAGCACUGCCGCAGCUACAAUGCCCGGCUUUGUGCCGAGCGGUCCAUGCGGUUGCCCUUCCUGGACUCCCAGACAGGUGUGGCCCAGAGCAAUUGCUACAUCUGGAUGGAGAAAACUCACCGUGGGCCAGGGUUGGCCCCCGGUCAGCUGUAUACCUACCCUGCCCGCUGCUGGCGAAAGAAAAGACGGCUAAACAUCCUAGAGGACCCUCGCCUUGGGCCGAUCGAGUUCAAAAUUGCUGACUACGAGGCGUCUUUGAAGAAGGAGGGUGGAGUUCCCGAGGGGCCCGUGCUGGAGUCCCUGCUCAGCGGGGAGACGCUGGACAAGAAGGUUGAGACCAAGGAGGAGGAGCCCAUGAGCGAGUGCCAGAAGCUGCUCGUGGGAGACUUCCCUCACGAGCUGGAGGUGGACGAGAUGGAGGACGACGUGCCCAAGCGCAAGAACCGCACCAAGGGCCGGGCCUGUGGGGUAGGAGGCAUGAGGAAGAGACAGGAGCCGGCCUCGGUGGAGGACAGAGACAAGCCGUACGUGUGUGACAUCUGCGGGAAGCGCUAUAAGAACCGGCCGGGGCUGAGCUACCACUACACCCACACGCACCUGGCGGAUGAGGAGGGCGAGGAAGACUCGGAGCGCCACACCCUGCCCUUUCAGCGUAAAAACAACCACAAGCCCAAGAAGGCCCCUGACGGAUCAGUCAUCCCCAAUGGAUACUGCGACUUCUGCCUGGGCGGUUCCAAGAAGACAGGAUGUCCUGAGGACCUCAUCUCCUGUGCAGACUGUGGGCGGUCAGGGCAUCCGUCAUGCCUGCAGUUCACAGUCAACAUGACGGCGGCUGUACGGACCUACCGCUGGCAGUGCAUCGAGUGCAAGUCUUGCAGCCUUUGUGGCACCUCGGAGAAUGACGACCAGCUGCUGUUCUGCGAUGAUUGUGACAGAGGAUACCACAUGUAUUGCCUGAGCCCCCCCAUGGCCGAGCCCCCGGAAGGAAGCUGGAGUUGCCAUCUGUGUCUGCGGCAGUUGAAAGAGAAGGCUUCAGCCUACAUCACCCUGACCUAAGCCACGCCCAGCACCCCACCCACUCCACCUGGUCCCACCCGCCACACCUGCUCAGGCUCCGUCUCCGUCUCCAGCCACUGCCCUUGUUCAACGAAUGGAACUCCUCCGUGUUCGCACAGGUCUCCUCCUGAGCAGAACGACAGUACCGCUCAGCGCGUGCCCCCAUGCUAAUAUCAUAGAAGGCACUGCUUUAAAGGUGCCCCCUCAAACAGGCACUCCGUUCUUUCACCCGUGCUCAGCUUCAGCGGCAAUGUGGAGAGCACCUUCUCACCGCGAUUCUCACUGCGAUUCAUUAACAACGAGCCAAACGAGCCCGGUACAGACGCUUGCCUGCCCCCUGCACUCCAUUAACGAACUGCCGUUUAACACCAGGCGCACAAGGGCACUCGAGCGGGUCUUACCAGGCAGAGUGUCCUCAAGCUGUGCUCUGAAGGGCUACAUCUACUCCCGUGUUAGUUCUCUUUGAGAUGGGGGGCCGUGCUCCUCGUACCGGCCGGGUGCAGGGGCAGACGCCGAACCGAGCUGUGUGGAGGGCAGGGUCGCGUCGAGUGUUUACGGCCGGCACUGGUGACUGUGAGGCCGGAUCACAGCCGCCUGCUCCCUCAUAGCGGCGAGGGGGUGGAGGGUGGGGAAACGAAGGCAAAGACUGCGCGGCAAACUGUGGGCGUGCGCAGAGGAAAUGUAGGAGAGCAUAAAAAGGCAGUCUGAGUUCUCGCUCGAAAUAAUGAAAUCCACAGCGUUCAGAGUGGGCGCACGCAGUCACCAGUGCCGACCAGUCAGAACGGGCACUUCCUUCUGUAGGCCUGUCACUCAGAUCCUGGUACGUGGGGUUUGACAGCAGACUAAAGCAACAGAGAUACACCCUACAAGCUGGGUGAGCUUCUGUGACCGACUUCUACAUCAAGCAGAGUAUUACAUACUGUAUUUUACGCCUUGUUUUGAAAAAGCCAAUAUCGGAUUGCUGUGACUUGAAGGGGACUUAAUAUGCUUCAGUUCGUUUGUGCGUAUGCGAAAGUGUGUACAUAUACACGUGUGAACAAUGCAGAUUUUUAUCUAUUGGGCCUUGUUUUAAAAACAGCCCAUACAGUUUUUAAUUUUGUUUUCUUUGCAUGGUGUUAGGUGUUAUUAAAACAAAAGACAUUUUAUGGAGAAAAGAAGAGGGAAAAAAAGCACACUUUAUUUGCAAUAACGUGUUUGUAACUUGCUCCAGAGAAGUUUAAAAAUCUCUGAGUGCAUUCUUAAAUCUUUGUGGAAAAAAGAGAGGUCGUAGUCAUACAGGUGCUUUGUGGGAAUUCGGGGCUGGGAGGGGCGGGAGGGCUUCCGAAAUAAUCCGAAUUUUAGAAAUGACGUCAUUUGUUUUUAUUCUGUUUAUUUAACAGUGCCGUCACAACGGAUUUAAUUCUUUUGUCAGCCAGAUCGAAGUUUAAGCCAGCUUGUGCAGUUUUCCUUCCAAGAUAACUUGAAGGAAGACAACUUUUUGCUAUAAAAAAAGCAAAAAAAAAAAAAAAUGUACCGAUAA